AUGUCUAUCAAAAGCGAAGGUGGAACAGUCAAAUCUUUAAAGGUGGACACACGGCUCGAUUUUAUAAUGAACUAUAUAAUGAAAACGAUGAGACUGAAGCAGGAAAAAUGGAACAAAAUGAUGGCCACUGAGGAAAUGAGGGAACUAGUGAUGACUUUUCUGGACGAUCCAAAUCAGGAACGAUUAAUAUUCACUGUAACGGCGGCUGGACUUCUAACGCCAUAUUUUAAUUUUCCGGAAAAACCGAAAUCGAAAGUGAGCUACUUUAUCCGCAGGGAAGUACCAAUGGAAAUAACUAAUGACAACAUAAGAAUGGACCUCCUUAUUGGCGACGUGUCCCCGAAACCUCUGGAAGAUUUAUCGGUGUUGGUUGACAAUGUAUUCCUCCCAAUUCUGAGCAAUCCCCAAAAUCAUGAAGGGUGGACGGCCGUCAUUGAAAAAGAUGUUCAAAUGGAAAUUCAAAAUUUACGUAACAAUAUAGCGGAAUUCAAAGGAAUUAUGAUAAAUCGAACGAUCUUGCCCAUGCCGAUCACAAUAGACGAAGUGAUGAAAAUCGCUCCUCAAAUUGCUAGGGGAAAUCUCUCGAAAUUUACAAACGCCAUCAAGGACUCACUGGAAAGCAUCACACUUAAGUGGCGCAAGGUGGUAGCAGACUACGUACGACAUCGACCAGCUGAAAUUAUUUAUAGUAAAGAAGCGAACCCAGUGCCUCAAAAUCUAUUUGAGUUCUGGAACACACGCUGGCAAAAUUUGGAGAACUUAGCAGAUCAGUUUCGCGACGUUCGAAUUAAGACCACUGGCCAAAUUCUGUAUGCAACCAAGUCCAUUUACUUCACAGCUUUCAAGGAGGCUUUUCAACUAAUUUUGGAUGCAUUGACAGAAGCAAGAGAUAUCACAUUGUAUUAUACGCCAUUGAAAAAAUUCAUCGAUAAGUUCGAGACGCACGACUUCGAUGAGAUCAAGCCUCAUCUCAAGCCGUUGCUGCACAUCAUAUGCUUGGUGUGGGCGAACUCAAAAUAUCAUUGCACUAAUGAGUGUAUGAUUUUAUUGUUCAAGUUUGUUCACAAUAUGCUGAUUAAUUCUGCAACUAGAAGCCUGGAUCCCGGCUCACUUUUCCAAGGCGAAAUCGACGAGGCCCUCCACAAAGUAACCAACACCAUACAACUCCUCAACUACUAUAAGGAGUCUUACGGAGAGUAUCUGCAAAAACUCGAAACGUUCAAAACCGACCCAGAAUCAAAGGCUCAACUGUGGACAUGGGAGCCGCAUGAAAUUUUCUACCGGUUGGACUUGUUUCUGAAGAGGCUUGAAGAGAUUCAAGUAAUUUUCGACACCGGCGUUGAGAUUCUCAAACUAGAAAAAAUGGAAUUCGGUGGAUUGCGUGGAAGUCAGAUCAGUCGUGAGGUUCAAGGCAUAUUUGAGGAAUAUAACACUAUAUAUCGGGAAUGGAGCAAUAUCCAAUUCGAUCCACUCGACCCUGAUCCCAGUCUUACAGAUUUCGAAAAAGAGCGGGUGCGCUUCAAAGCAAAAACGGAUGUUCUUGAGCGAAAACUAGGGUUUCAGUUUGAACGAGCUUUUUUGGAAUGUUUUGAGAUUGGCGAACUGACCCAGCUUGUAAAGCUGGCGGGAUCAUUACUGCAUCGAGAUAUUAUUAAGGAGCAAAUUAUGGAUGCUAUUCAUGCGAUAGUGGAAAUGUUCGCAAUAGAAUUGGAUAAAGUGAAAUUCGCCUUCGAUUCAGGGGUCAGGGCCUACAAUGAAUUUGGAGCUGCUAAAAUACCAAUUGAUCCUGCUUACCCGGCUAUAUCAGGUACAAUCCUUUGGCUACGGAAAUUGCGGCAACGUUUAAUGGUCCCAUACAAUGAUUUUCCACUACUCGAUUUUCCGCUUUUCGAAAACGAACUUGGCGAAGAUGUAAUGAAGCGACACGAUACAAUGAUUGCAUUGAUGGACGGCUUUCAGGAAGAAAUCAUCUCUAAAUGGCGGGAGGAUGUGGUGAAGGACAUUGACGAGGGUAUGGCGAAUUGUAUUCUGCGGAAAGAGGGAAAGAAAGUAUUUCUCAAUUUCAACGAUGAGUUACGAACAGCACUACGGGAUAUUAAAAACCUUAAGCUGAUGGGAUUUGAAAUACCCGAGCACGUUCUAGAAUUCUAUGAACGGGAUGAAGAAUUAUGGGAGGCCCGAAUUAAAUUAUUCAGAAUUGCUGAGUGGUACAAUGAAGUGAAUGACACAACGCACGAGUGCGAGCUGGCACUUGUCCAAAAAGAAAUUGAGGCCCUGGAUGAAGUUAUGCAACCAUCAUUUGAAACAAUUACGUGGAUUAAUUUCGAGCAAACUUACAUAAACAUGAUCUUUGAAAAAGUUCAAGACUUGCAUGACCGCGUCCUAAAGUCCCAGGCGAAUAUUGAAACUAUUAGAAAAAGCAUUAGGAGUUGGGGCAACGUUCCCAUGUAUCAGCGAAAAGAUGGCAACACAAAGGCUUUACUCGAUAUCGACGAUCGCACUGGCAUCAUUGAGAGAAGAUUCAAGGCAUGUGCCGAGACAAAGGAGCUUAUACAGAAGGUUAUGACCAUAAACAUGAAACUGUUUUUUAACGUGAGGUUAGACUACACUGAUGUCCUCCCAGGUGAAGAGGAGAAACCAACAGAGUUCGGCUUACACCCAUUGGACAUGCAUCCCGAGGAAAUCGCCUCUGAACAAGAGGGAGGGGAAGAAAGUGUUGCACCUUUAACUGAAGUCACACUGACACCAGAGGACCGCCUCUUGUGGCGCGAUUAUGAGGUCUAUGUCGACGAAAUUGUUGGUAAUGAAUUGAUAAAGGCAAUAAUGAACAGUAUUAAGUAUCUGAAGUUCGAAAUGGAGAAUCGUUUUGAUUACGAUGCACCCAUCUUCGAAGUCAAGAUGGAACUACAAGAACCAGCAGUCGUCUAUAUUCCGAACAUCGACCCACAGUCGAACGAUGGCUUCCUGGCUUUAAUUGAAAAUAUUAUAAAAGAUAUGUAUAAUAUGUCUGAUAUGAUUCCAAGAGUCGCCCAAGCAUUUGACGUAGACAAUCCGCUGAGCCAGCCUGAAGGUCCUGAGGAGACUUAUCAAAGCAUUGCGAAGAAAAACGGAGAACUGUCUAAAGUGCAUUCUGAUAUUACCAAGAAAGUAAAGUAUCUCAUCAUAGACAUUCGCAAUUACUCGAAGCAGUUCAACGAAUAUUCAUAUUUGUGGACCGACGAUAAGGCGCAAUAUCUGGCAGAAUUCAAAAAGUAUGGACGCCCAUUAACGGAUAUUGAACGAGAAGUAAUUGGAACGAAUGAGUUCACUGUUAAGGACGAAGCGCCUACUUUGGAUAUGUACAAGGAGCAGAUUAAUAAAUUCCAAGCCGUUUAUGAUAAGAUAAUGGAGUGGGAAACCUUCCGCGAUUUUGGAUCUUGGUUUAGGCUGGACCAGAAAGGAUUCAAAUUUAGUGUUCUGAACGAAGCUAGUAUGUGGGGAGGAAUGUUCAAGCAAGAUUUGAUUAAUCGCGUGGUUGAUGCUCUUCAGGAAUUGGAAGAUUUCAUCGACGAGGCUGACGCCGCCAUGAAAAUGGAGCUAGACAAGGAUAAUCUCGAAGGUCUCUUGAAGAUAAUGAAUGUUUUGAAUCAAGUGAAUGACCGCCAAUACACAUAUGAUUAUAUGUUCGAACCUUUGCGAGAAGUUGUGGAUGUUCUCCGUUUGUACAGUUAUGAAUUCCCGGAAAAGGUCUAUCAGCAAUUCUCUGAUCUGCCGGAUGCUUGGAUGAAAAUCAAAAAGAUUGCGGCAACAGCCAAACAAUACAUUGCACCCAUUCAAGCCUACCAGGUCGACCUUAUCGAGAAACGGAUCAUUUUGUUCGACAACCGAGCUUCAAUGUAUCGCAACCACUUUCUGGAUUUACCAUUCUUCAAUGCUCCAUGUGAAGAUGUCUACGAAAUUUGUGACCAGGUCAACAGCGAUCUCCUGGCACUGGAGGAGCAAUAUAGUCAUUUGAAUGACUCAUCAGCGCUAUUCGAACUUCAAGGACCCGACCAAGGCAAACUGAUUAGAUGUCGAAAAGAAUUAAAGAUGGUGAAGAAUCUCUGGGAUCUAGUCAUCGCUAUUGAAACAACUAUUGACGACUGGAAGAAGACGCCGUGGAAGCGAAUUGAUAUUGACAGUAUGGAUGCAGAGUGCAAAAGAUUCGGAAAAGAUUUAAGAACAUUGGAUAAAGAUGUGCGCAGUUGGGACCCAUAUAUUUUUGCUGAGAAUGAACUCAAAAAUUUACUGACGUCUUUAAGGGCAGUGACAGAGCUCCAAAACCCCGCAAUACGGGACAGACAUUGGCAAGAGCUGAUGCAGACUACUCAUGUUGUCUUUCAUAUGGAUGACUCUACAACAUUGAAAGACUUACUUGAUUUGCAACUACAUAACUUUGAAGAGGAAGUUAAAAAUAUAGUCGACAAGUCUGUUAAGGAGGAGGGGAUGGAAAAAGUCAUUAAAGAUCUUAAAGCUACAUGGACCGGAAUGGAGUUUGAUAUAGACACUCACGAAAGAACUCAUUUGAAACUCUUGAAGGCUUCUGAGGAGAUGAUUGAAGUGCUUGAAGAUCACCAAGUGCAACUUCAAAACCUACUUUCUUCAAAGUACAUUGCACACUUUCUUGAAGAAGUCACCGACUGGCAAACCAAACUGUCAAAUGCAGAUCAAGUCAUUCAGUUAUGGUUUGAAGUCCAGAGAAAGUGGAUGUACUUAGAAAGCAUAUUUAUUGGAUCCGGUGACAUUCGUAGCCAGUUACCCGAAGACUCUAAGCGAUUUGAUAUGAUUGAUCGAGAAUUUCGCGCUCUUCUGUCGCAAAUGAUGGCGGACCGGAAUGUUAUCCGAUCUACAAAUAAACACGGUCUUAUUGAGAAGUUAGAAUUUUUGGGAAAUCAACUGAUAUUAUGCGAAAAAGCUUUGAACGAUUACCUAGACUCAAAGCGCUUGGAAUACCCGAGAUUCUACUUCGUGUCUUCCGCGGAUUUGCUAGACAUUUUGUCCAACGGAAACAAUCCAGAGCUUGUGGCACGACAUUUGACGAAACUUUACGACUCCUUGGCAAAACUUUCUAUGGUCCCCGGUACUAAAUUGGCGAAAGGUAUGAUUUCCAAAGAACACGACGAGUUUGUUCCAUUCUUGGAGAAUUGCGAUUGCACUGGGAAGGUGGAAGUGUGGCUGAAUCGCGUCACCGAUAAAAUGAGGGAAACACUGCGUCGGCACUUCCGUAACGCUGUAAUUGCCUAUGAAGAAAAGCAGCGGCACAUCUGGGUAUUUGAAUGGCCUGCCCAGCCCGCAUUAUGCACGACCCAAAUAUGGUGGACAACCGAAACUAACGCUGCCUUUGCCAAGCUCGAUAUGGGUUAUGAGAACGCUUUGAAAGAUUAUCAGAAAAAACAAAUCAACCAAUUAAAUGCGCUAAUUCUGCUUCUUCUGGGUGACUUAACCCCUGGAGAUCGGCAAAAAAUUAUGACCAUCUGCACUAUUGAUGUGCACAGCAGGGAUGUUGUUGCCAAAAUGAUAGCUCAAAGGGUGGAACAAGCAAGUUCUUUCCAAUGGCAAAGCCAGUUAAGGCAUCGCUGGGAUGUAAAGGCUGACAAUUGCUUUGCGAAUAUUUGCGAUGCGGAGUUUUUGUAUGAUUACGAAUAUUUGGGGAACACUCCCAGACUAGUUAUCACGCCGCUAACCGAUCGUUGUUAUAUUACUUUGACGCAGUCGUUACAUCUAGUAAUGGGUGGUGCACCUGCGGGGCCGGCUGGAACAGGUAAAACGGAAACCACGAAAGAUUUAGGUCGUGCACUUGGCAUAAUGGUCUACGUCUUCAAUUGUUCUGAACAAAUGGACUACAAAUCUUGCGGUAACAUCCAUAAAGGAUUAGCGCAAACUGGUGCCUGGGGUUGCUUCGAUGAAUUUAAUAGGAUUUCGGUUGAAGUACUAUCCGUAGUUGCAGUACAAGUCAAGACAAUACAAGAUGCCAUUAAGGGCAAAAAAGAAACUUUCAAUUUCCUGGGUGAAAUUAUUAAACUGACUCCAACUGUCGGCGUAUUUAUCACGAUGAACCCAGGCUAUGCUGGGCGAACGGAACUACCUGAAAAUCUGAAAGCAUUAUAUCGCCCUUGUGCAAUGGUCGUCCCUGACUUCGCCCUCAUUUGCGAAAUAAUGCUUGUUGCCGAAGGAUUUCAAGAAGCAAGACUUCUGGCAAGGAAGUUUAUUACACUCUAUACUCUCUGCAAGGAAUUACUAUCAAAACAAGACCAUUACGACUGGGGUCUCAGAGCGAUCAAAUCAGUGUUGGUUGUUGCAGGUUCUUUAAGGCGCGAUGACAGGCAACGUCCUGAAGACCAAGUUCUAAUGCGUGCCCUUCGCGAUUUCAACAUACCAAAAAUAGUCACAGAUGACGUUGGAGUUUUCAUGGGGCUAAUUGGUGAUCUCUUUCCGGCCCUGGAUGUUCCGCGAAAACGCAAUAUGGAUUUUGAAGCUGUGAUCAAGAAGUCGGCAGUGGAUUUGAAGCUGCAACCGGAAGAUGGUUUUAUCCUUAAAGUGGUCCAGUUGGAAGAACUUUUCGCAGUUCGCCACUCAGUGUUCAUUAUUGGAUACGCAGGAACAGGCAAGUCAGAAGUAUGGAAAACGUUGCACAAGACUUAUGCCAACCAGAAAAGGCGACCAGUGUACAAUGAUCUAAACCCGAAAGCUGUUACAAAUGAUGAACUCUUUGGUAUUGUGAAUCCUGCAACACGUGAAUGGAAAGAUGGGCUGUUUUCGGUGAUUAUGAGAGACCAGGCCAACAUGAGUGGGAACGGCCCCAAGUGGAUUGUUUUAGAUGGGGACAUUGAUCCCAUGUGGAUUGAAAGCUUGAAUACUGUAAUGGAUGACAACAAAGUACUGACGCUAGCUUCCAAUGAACGGAUCGCUUUAACGAAGGAGAUGCGUCUAUUGUUCGAAAUCGCCAACCUGAAAACCGCAACUCCUGCUACAGUGUCGAGAGCCGGAAUAUUGUAUAUUAAUCCGCAGGAUUUGGGCUGGAAUCCUGCUGUUGCAUCAUGGAUCAACACUAGAGAAAUCGAAUCUGAAAAAUCAACUUUAAACGUUCUAUUUGAAAAAUAUGUUCCCUCUCUAUUAGAAGUGUUUAGAUUUAAGAUGAAAAAAAUUACACCAAUUUCUGAGAUUGCGAUGCUUCAAAUGACAUGUUACCUCUUGGAUUGCCUGCUUACGCCUACCAAUGUGCCACCAGACUGCCCGAAAGAGUGGUAUGAGAUUUACUUCGUUUUUGCCAUAAUUUGGGGAUUUGGCUCGACGUUGUUUCAGGAUCAAAUUAUUGAUUGGCGAAAUGAAUUCAACAAGUGGUGGCUGAACGAAUUCAAAACUAUAAAAUUCCCAGCUGGAGGAAAUGUUUUCAAUUUCUAUGUCGAUCAAGAAACCAAGAAAUUCCUUCCGUGGACCAAUUUAGUUCCUACAUUUGAGUUAGACCCAGACAUUCCGCUUCAAUCCACUCUGGUGCAUACUUCGGAAACAACCCGUCUUCUAUAUUUCGCGGACAUACUAACCGAAAACAAUCAUCCCGUGAUGUUUAUUGGCCCUCCGGGGUCUGGAAAGACUGUAGUCAUGGCAGCAAAACUAAAUUCCCUUUCAGAUAAAUGGGCGGUAACUAACGUACCAUUCAAUUUCUACACAAAUUCCGAUAUGCUGCAAAAAAUUUUGGAGAAGCCUCUGGAAAAGAAAGCGGGAAGGAACUAUGGACCUCCGGGAAACAAGACAAUGAUUUACUUCAUUGAUGAUAUGAACAUGCCAGAGGUGGAUACCUAUGGAACGGUACAACCACACACACUGAUUCGUCAGUUCAUGGACUACCACCACUGGUAUGACCGAAUAAAAUUGAGCUUAAAGGACAUACACAAGUGUCAGUUUGUGUCCUGCAUGAACCCAACAGCUGGAUCAUUUACUAUAAACCCAAGACUUCAACGACACUUUUGUGCUUUUGCGCUAAACGCCCCAAGCACCGAGGCAUUCUACCACGUGUUGAGUUCAAUUUUAUCCCAACAUCUUGCAUUCCCGCACAAUAAAUUUGAUACCAAGAUUUCAGCUAUUUGCGAACCGCUGAUAAAUACAGCCAUUGCGUUGCACCAGAAAGUUUGCUCUACUUUCUUACCAACCGCUGUGAAAUUCCAUUAUAUAUUCAAUUUACGAGAUGUAUCGAAUAUAUUCACGGGGAUGAUGUACGCAACUGGAGACACAUGCCCGAAUUCAGACAAACUUCUCCGACAAUGGGUGCACGAGGCAACACGAGUUUACGGUGACAAGAUGGUUGAGGUAAAUGAUAUAAAAAAUUUCAACAAACUUCUGCGAGAAAUGGUCAAAAAAGGAAUUGAAACUUUCAAUGAAGAGAUUGUCUUCGAGGAACCAUUGAUAUUCUGUCAUUUCGCGCAAGGCCUAGCAGAUUUCAAAUAUACAGGUGUUGCUGACUGGCAAACUUUACACAAACUAUUGAGUGAAGCUCAAGAUGGCUACAAUGAAUUGGUAGGUGCUAUGAAUUUGGUCCUUUUUGAAGACGCUAUGGCACACAUCUGCCGAAUAAGUAGAAUCCUGGAAGCCGCAAGAGGGUACGCUCUUUUAAUUGGUGUCGGUGGAUCUGGAAAACAGUCACUUACCAGACUUGCGAGCUACAUUUCAUCACUUGACGUAUUCCAAGUUCAGUUGCGAAAGGACUAUGGCAUUCCCGACUUGAAAGCGGACUUAGCUGCUCUGUACAUGAAAGCGGGAAUGAAAAACCAAUCCUGUUGCUAUUUGAUGACUGACUCCCAAGUAGCCAAAGAAGAAUUCUUGGUAUUAGUCAAUGACAUGCUUGCCUCGGGUGAGAUACAUGAACUAUUCGCCGACGACGAAGUGGAAAACAUAAUUUCUAAUAUGAGAAAUGAGGUGAAGCAAGCUGGUCUUCCUGAAACUCGAGAAAAUUGUUGGAAAUAUUUCAUCAACAAAGUUCGUGGAUUGUUGAAAGUUGUAUUAUGCUUCUCACCAGUAGGUUCUACCUUGCGAGUCAGAGCAAGAAAGUUUCCUGCCUUGGUAAACUGCACCACGAUUGACUGGUUCCACGAGUGGCCUAAGGAGGCCCUUGAGUCAGUGUCAUUCAGAUUCCUUGAAGAGAUUGAGGAAAUGGAUGACGAAAUUAGGAAGCCCAUAUCUCAAUUUAUGGCAUAUGUUCAUGGCACUGUUAAUGAGAUGUCUCAGAUAUAUUUACAAAAUGACAAGCGAUAUAACUACACGACUCCCAAAUCAUUUUUGGAAUUAAUCGCGCUCUACCAAAACCUUCUUCGUACUAAAUUAACGCAAAAUAAGGACCGCAUUGUGCGUUUAGAAAACGGCCUUCUGAAAUUAGCAGCAUGCGCCGCUCAGGUCGACGGUCUGCAGGAUGUACUGAAAGAGCAAGAGGUCGUCCUUAAAGUUAAAAACGAGGCUGCAGAUAAGCUCAUUGUUGUUGUCAGCGCAGAAAAUGAAAAGGUGCAAAAGGAAAGGAAUUUUGCAAGUGAGGAGGAAGUCAAAGUCCGGGCAAUCGAAGAGGACGUAUCCGAGAAAGCGAAGCUUUGCGAAGAGGAUCUUCGUCGGGCACAGCCAGCUCUAAUAGCUGCACAGGAAGCAUUGAACACACUCAAUAAAGCCAACUUGACUGAACUGAAGUCCUUUGGCUCCCCACAUGAAGCUGUGGUUAAUGUUUGUGCUGCCGUGUUGGUGCUGUUUUCUAAAAAAGGAAAAAUUCCUAAAGACCGGAGCUGGAAAGCAUGCAAAGCGCUUAUGGGGAAAGUUGACCAGUUUUUAUAUGACCUUAUCAAUUAUGAUAAAGAGCACAUUCAUCCAGAUGUAAUAAAAGCUUUGCAGCCAUAUCUUAAUAAUCCAGACUUCGAUCCUGAAAAAAUAUAUGCAAAGUCGUCAGCAGCAGCCGGACUGUGCGCAUGGGUGAUUAACAUUCACAAGUUCUAUCAAGUUUUCCUCAUUGUGGAGCCAAAACAAAGAGCUCUCAAUAACGCACAAGCUGAACUGAAAGCAGCAAGAGACAAACUGCAAUAUCUGAAUGAUCGCCUAAUUGAACUAGAAGAGAAACUGAAUGUAAUCCAAACCGAAUUUAACGCUGCUCUCGCUGAGAAACAAAAGUGUCAGGACGAGGCAGAUAAGACUGCUUUCACAAUCGACCUAGCGCAUCGGCUUAUUGAUGGUUUAGCGACGGAGAAAGUACGCUGGAGAGAAUCAGUGAAGAGUCUCAAUGAUCAACAGAAAACUUUACCAGGAGAUAUUCUUUUGAUUGCUUGUUUCAUUUCGUACGUCGGUUGCUUCACACGCAUUUACAGGAAUGAACUUCAGAAUCAGAAAUGGAAACCACAAUUCGACAGCCUCGAGCCCCGUGUUCCAAGCUCCGAGGGUACAGAUCCUUUCGAUAUGAUCUGUGAUGAUGCACAAAUUGCAGAAUGGAAUAAUCAAGGACUUCCAAGCGAUCGCAUGUCUGCUGAAAAUGCCGCCAUUUUAUCAUACUCUGAUCGCUAUCCACUUAUGAUAGAUCCACAAUUACAAGGAAUAAAGUGGAUCAAACAAAAGUAUGGGAAGGAACUGGUUGUUGCACGGCUCACUCAGAAAUCGUACCUGGAUGUAAUCGAGAAGGCAAUAACCGGCGGCAAAGUCAUGCUACUUGAAAACAUUGGGGAGUCGAUUGACGCAGUAUUGGACCCUUUGUUGGGCAGGAUGCUUAUUAAAAAAGGCACAGUCAUAAAAAUAGGCGAUAAGGAGAUUGACUUCAAUAAGAAUUUCAGACUUAUUUUACACACUAAGCUCGCCAAUCCACAUUACAAGCCCGAGUUGCAGGCCCAAUGCACAUUGAUAAAUUUUACAGUAACGCGAGAUGGCUUGGAGGACCAGUUCUUAGCUGCUGUUGUUAAGGCCGAACGACCAGAUCUUGAACAGAAACGAACCAAGCUUACAAUGCAACAGAAUAAUUUCAAAAUAACUUUGAAAUUCCUUGAAGAUGAUCUUCUGCAACGACUGUCGUCUGCAGGUGAAAAUGUUCUCGAAGAUGCCACUUUAGUAUUGAAUUUAGAGAAAACAAAGAAAACAGCAGACGAAGUAGAAAUCAAGGUAAAAGAAGCCAAAAUCACAGCUGCUCAAAUUGACAAUGCAAGGGAAAACUACCGUCCAGCUGCCAAGAGAGCAUCAAUUGUUUAUUUCAUCCUCAACGACCUCUUCAAAAUUAACCCAAUGUAUCAGUUCUCCCUAAAAGCUUUUACUGUAGUUUUCCAAACGGCAAUCGCAAAAGCAAAACCUGCUGAAAAGGUAAAGGAAAGAGUCGAGAAUUUAAUCGAUUCAAUCACUUUCUGUGUGACCCAAUAUACAACUCGGGGCUUAUUUGAAAGGGACAAGCUCAUCUUCCUUUGCCAACUUGGGAUCCAAAUUUUGCUCAACUCAGGAGAAAUCGCACCAGAUGAACUUGAUUUCCUUUUGAAAUUCCCAUACAACCCGAACGUAGUGUCACCCCUAGGAUUUCUGACAAACAUAAGCUGGGGUGGUAUUAAAGCACUAUGUGACCUUAUGCCAUUCCGCGGUCUAGAUAAAGAUAUCGAGGGAUCUCACAAGCGUUGGCAGAAGUUUACUGAAGCGGAGUGUCCUGAAAAGGAGAAGUUUCCAGGAGAAUGGAAAUCGAAAACUGCUGUUCAGAGAUUAUGUAUGAUGAGGGCCUUAAGACCAGAUAGAAUGACUUACGCCGUGCAAGGUUUCAUAGAAGAAAAAUUGGGCCCUAAAUAUGUGGAAGCUCGAUCGAUUGACUUUCCCACCACUUUUGAGGAAUCUAGUCCUUAUACUCACAUAUUCUUCAUUUUGAGCCCGGGAGUAGAUCCUUUGAAAGAUGUAGAGAAGCUUGGAAAUACUUUAGGAUUCUCAACGGAUAAUAAUAAUUUCUACAAUGUUUCCUUGGGGCAAGGUCAGGAAAUCGUAGCCGAGAACGCUAUGGACAUUGCUUCCAAAGAAGGACAUUGGGUAAUUCUCCAAAAUAUUCAUUUGGUAGCAAGGUGGCUACCUUCGCUCGAAAAGAAAAUGGAGCAAACCUUAAUUCACCCUCAUGAAAACUACAGACUGUUUUUAAGUGCAGAGCCUGCCGCAUCUGCAGAAUAUCACAUUUUGCCUCAAGGGAUAUUAGAGUCUGCAAUUAAGAUAACAAAUGAACCUCCUACGGGAAUGUUGGCUAACAUUCACAAAGCAUUAGAUAAUUUUAAUCAAGAAACUCUGGAGAUGUGUACUAAGGAGACUGAGUUUAAGGCAGUUCUUUUCGCCCUGUGCUAUUUUCAUGCUGUAGUAGCUGAAAGACGCAAGUUUGGUCCACAGGGAUGGAACCGAGUGUAUCCUUUCAAUGUGGGCGAUUUAACCAUAAGCGUUUAUGUGUUGUACAACUACCUAGAAGCCAACAGUCGGGUUCCAUGGGAAGAUUUACGAUACCUUUUCGGUGAGAUUAUGUACGGAGGCCACAUCACCGACGACUGGGAUCGAAGACUAUGUCGCACUUAUUUGGAAGAAGCUAUGCAGCCGGAACUCAUCGACGGUGAUCUUCAACUGUGUAAGGGCUUUCCAGCGCCACCCAACACGGACUACAAAGGAUACCACCAAUAUAUUGACGACGUUCUUCCGGCCGAAAGUCCUGCUUUGUAUGGUUUACACUCCAAUGCGGAAAUUGGAUUUCUUACAACAGUGGCUGAAAGGCUUUUCAAAAUAGUAUUUGAGCUUCAACCAAGAAUAGCAGGUGGAGCAGGUGCCGGGGGAGCUUCUCAAGAGGAAGUGGUUAAAUCCAUUCUGGAUGACAUUAUCGAUAAGCUUCCGCAGCCUUUCAAUAUGAUCGAAAUAAUGGGUCGGGUAGAAGAUCGGUCGCCCUAUGUUAUCGUGGCCUUCCAAGAAUGCGAACGGAUGAAUAUCCUUAUGUCAGAACUUAGACGCUCGUUAGUUGAGCUGGAACUAGGGCUGAAGGGCGAAUUGACUAUAACUUCUGAUAUGGAAAAACUGAUGGAAUGUCUGUUCAUGGAUCAGGUGCCGGAAAGCUGGACCAAACUAGCUUACCCAAGCUUGUUAGGCUUACAGUCAUGGUUUGCGGAUUUAAUGGUUCGACUUAGAGAAUUAGAGAACUGGUCAUCUGAUUUCCGUCUGCCGUCAUCUGUUUGGCUUGGAGGCUUCUUCAACCCUCAAAGCUUUCUGACCGCUAUCAUGCAGCAAACAGCACGCAAGAAUGAAUGGCCCCUAGACAGAAUGUGCUUAAAUUGUGACGUCACGAAGAAGCAGAAGGAGGAAAUUUCAGCGGCACCCCGUGAAGGAGCUUUCGUUAAUGGGCUAUACAUGGAGGGUGCACGCUGGGACAUCAAGUUGGGAACGAUUGCAGAUGCUCGUCUCAAGGAGCUUUUCCCAGCCAUGCCCGUGAUAUAUAUCAAGGCCGUAACACAAGACAAGCAAGACACCAAGAACAUUUACGAGUGUCCCGUCUACAAAAUACGAAUGCGAGGACCCACUUUCGUUUGGACCUUCAACCUCAAGACCAAGGAGAAAGCUGCGAAGUGGACUUUGGCUGGAGUAUGUUUGCUGUUACAGACUUAAUUGUGUUAAUUUAAGUUUCGUGUUAUUGCGUUGAAGUAAAUUUUCG